CACACGACAGUCAGUCAAUGGUCCGCGAGAACGUGACGCAGAGCGCUCUCAUGCAGCGGACAACAGACUAUCGAGCAGUACCUCACGCAUCCUCUAUUGCAGCUUUCGUCCCAAGCUUUGUGUUCCAGACCGAAUCAAUCCUCAAUCCAUUAGAUAAAGAGCCUUGGCAAGUCUCAAGGUUUCCAGGUUAAAUACGUCAGAGUUCGACGCCGAGCUCCACGACCUCGAGUCUGUUCCACGACUGCGUCCACCCUUCAUCUCCGCCCGCCAGUGAGGGCCGUCCGAUGUUAUCUCCAUCUCAAAAGCGACAUCUAUCGUAGACUCUGAUCAGCGCAGCGAUUGGGCUCUUCGCAGCUCCCAACUUCACAGGAUGGCUUCACACGGCAAAGCAGCCUCCACAAUCAGCCCACCCCCAACAUCGAACCCUGGUGCGGCCUCGUAUGCCCAAGCAGCCUCUUCAGACCGCCCAUCAGCUCCCGGUGCCUCCCAAGAUGCAGCCGCGGCCACCUCGCAGCAGAAGAAGAGGAAGCACCGUGGUGGCAAGAAGAGGCGCAAUCGAAGGCAAUCCUUCAUAGCCCCUCCGGACGAAUUGGGCCUUGGGACAGAUAUUGCACCUCAUGACGGGGCAAGAAGCUCCGGUCUGCCCAGCGACGAUGCUGCACGCGCGACCUUUUACAGACUCCGGGACAAUCGAAGUAACAAUAGCCUUGAUAGUGAGGCUUUGCUGGACCAUCGGGACCAUGGAUUCAUCCAGCAACGGCGUCAAAGCAUACAAGGCAGCGGCAUCAGCUCGUUUUCCCAAGGCUCUCCUCACCGACCUUCCCAGCGGCCACAAUCCCAAACUCGCUCAAAACUCUCUCGACAACAAAGACUCACGGAGGAAGAGUCUGAGGACGAUAGUGUGGAUGAUAAGUCACCAUUGAUAGGCUCCAGCCAACGGAAUGGGGCAGGUUACGGGGGGCUGAGUGCACCUUCGAGUUCAGGGCGAACGAAGGACAAAUCAACUCGGAGAUCUAGCAGGUCUUCAACUUCAAGUCGCAGAAGACGGCCUGUCUUUGGUUCUCAAAUCUCGCACCAGAGCCUGGAUUACGAUGUGAAUAAUCCUCCAUCUGUCCCAUCGAGUCCUAAGCUGGGUCUUGAUCAUGGAUUUGACGAUGUCAUGCUCACCACAGGCGAGGUUGGGAGAUCAAGAUCUCCGGAAGCGUCGCGGGAUGCCCUCAUCAACAUUUACGAAGAGCCCACGGUCUUUGUCAACUCAACACCCCCCUCUCCAAAAGCGGCACAGGGCGACCUCCUACGACGGAUGACUCUUCAUGCCAGUGAAGAUGUGUGCUUCCCUCAAGAAGGCAUGUCCGAGAUGGGCCAAGAAGACUUCAUGCAUCUACCUGAAUCCGGAGACCCUCGAUCACGUCGAAGAAGGGCUAGGAGGUGGCCGGAGCUUUCGGUUUUAGAGCAGUGGAGUCAUGAGGAAAAAGAGCAGCGUACUAUGGAAGGCAUUCGGGCGAGACAAGUCAAUGAGCCCCUAAUGGUUGGAGGUCGCCUUCGCCCUCAAAAGCAAGUCUGGCACCGCGAAGUCGAAGAUGCACCCUAUCGGUUUACAUACUUCAACGAGGAAUUCCCAAGCACCAUCCAUAGUCAGACCAUCUCUGAGCUUGUCCAAGAAGGACAGAGUUUCAGGAAUCUAUUCAUCCCGGAUCCCCCGCUACUGUCAGAUGACAGCUCAGAGGAGGAUAGCGACGAUGAAACGACCAUCCCAGGUCGCGAUAGCGUACGGGGGCGUAAUCAGCUGUCCUCGAACGGCAUCUCCCGAGCAGGAACGAGAACAUCCUCGAAGUUGAGUGAACGUAAAAAGGACUCGUCAGGAGAACAAACUGGUGCCAAUUCACCGGCACCAUCGAACAACCCCACACCGCAAAGGCCACUACGGUAUGGACCGAGACCAGCCUUUUGGCUGGAUGUUCUAUCUCCAACCGAAGCUGAGAUGAAAGUGAUUUCAAAGGCAUUCGGCAUUCAUCCCCUCACCACAGAGGACAUCCUGAUGCAAGAAGCUCGAGAAAAGGUAGAACUGUUCCGCAACUAUUACUUUGUAAACUACAGGACCUUUGAGCAAGACAGCAAUAGCGAGGACUACCUAGAUCCGGUCAACAUGUAUGUCGUGGUAUUCCGGGAAGGCAUCAUCACAUUCCAUUUCUCCAUGACGCCUCACCCGGCCAAUGUUCGCCGCCGCAUCCGCCAGCUCAGCGACUACCUCAUCCUCAGCCCCGACUGGAUUUCCUACGCCAUCAUCGACGACAUCACAGACGUCUACGCCCCCCUAAUCCAACGCAUCGAGGAAGAAGUCGACGACAUCGACGAUGCCAUCCUCUGCCUGCACUCCGCCGAUGAAGUCGAGCAGGCCAAAGCCGAAAAGGCAAAACGCGGCUCCCUCUUCUUCUCCGGCGACAGCCGCGGUGACUACGAAAAACUCGAAGAUAUCGACGAGUUCAAAUCCGCCGACAGCGGCGCCGACAUGCUCCGUCGCGUUGGCGAGUGCAGGAAGAAAGUCAUGAGCCUGUACCGCCUGCUCGGCAACAAGGCCGACGUGAUCAAGGGGUUUGCGAAGAGAUGCACGGAGCAGUGGGAUGUUGCGCCGAGGUCGGAGAUUGGGUUGUAUUUGGGAGACAUUCAGGAUCAUAUUGUGACUAUGACGGGGAAUUUGAGUCAUUAUGAGAACCUGCUCUCCCGCGCCCACUCCAAUUACUUGGCCCAAAUCAACAUCCGCAUGAACGAGCGCCAGGAGAAGACGUCGGAUAUCCUCGGUAAGCUGACUGUGCUUGGUACUAUCGUCCUGCCUAUGAAUAUCGUGACGGGUAUGUGGGGCAUGAACGUGCUCGUUCCUGGACAGGACAUCGACAGCUUGUGGUGGUUCUUUGGUAUCACGGCUGGACUACUGGUGUUUGGAUUCGGAUGCUACUUCAUGGCGAAGAGGGUUUACCGGAUCGUGUAGAUGCUGUGAAUGGGGCAGACGGUGAAUCCAUACUGCGGCGGAGCAGAUGACAGGGGGAGGUAAAAGAUCGAGAGGAGAUGUCACUUGUAGAACAUCUGUUGUUUCUAAAAAGCACAG